UAGAGAAUUAUUGUCUAUUGACAGUGUCGACCAUGAUGGCCAGAUUCCGCACAGACUGCAUAGAGAGACCUCUACGCAUCUGUUUUCAGCUGCUGGGUCACUUUGUUGGAUCUCAUCCCUGGUUGUUCUGCGUCACCCCCCUUAUCCUCUCGGCCUGUCUGGGGAGCGGAUUUUAUCUCCUAAAGCACAGAAUGUCAAACAACAUUGAAGAGCAGUUCACACCUGUCGACGGACGAGCCAAGUUGGAGAGGAAAUACAUCCAGGAAACUUUUCCAGGAAACGAUUCCAUGUUUUCACCUUUAAGACUGAGCACGGAUGGAAACUAUGCGACUCUCGUGGCCACAAGUGACAAGAAUAUUCUGACUGUGGAGGCACUUCAGGACAUCCUCCACUUGGACUUAAGAGUUAGGAGUAUGGUCGUGCAGUUUGACAACCAGGAAUUUGAAUAUGUGGAUGUUUGUGCAGAGGUGAUGGGAUCCUGCACCUCUAAUGACAUUUUAGACAUCAUUCAAUACAAUGCCAACAAUAUCGACACAGUCAAUUUGACAUUUCCGUGGCAUUACUCUGAUUUUAGGAGUUAUGCUUUAUAUCUAAGUCUGGGGAGUGUGACGUUGUGCAACGAGAGCUCAGUUGUUGAAAGUGCCAAAGCCAUACAGCUCCAUUACUAUUUGCAUGAAGACAAUAAAACCAAAACUGACCUCUGGUUGGAAAGCUUCAUUCUUUUGGUCUCAAAUGCAUCAUCAGCUUCCAUUCAGGUGUCAUACUCCACCUCCACAUCGAUGCAGUGGGAAUUUGAGAAAUCUCCAGCUUCGGUCGUCUACUUGUUCUCCAUCACCUAUGCCAUCGCCAUCACAUUUUCCAUCACAUCAUGUUGGAGGUUGGAUAAUGUGAGGACGAAGGUGUGGGUGGCAGCCUGUGGAGUGCUCUCCACAGGUCUAGCAGUGUUGAGCGGUUUCGGUGCGCUGUUGUUGCUGGAUCAACCUUUUGUUAUGACAGUUGCCUCCUGUCCUUUCAUGAUCUUAGGUAUUGGACUGGAUGACAUGUUCAUCAUGAUCUCUUGCUGGCAGAGGACCCGUGUUCUGGACAGCAUCCCCGACCGGCUGGCUGACACCUACAGGGACGCCGCCGUCUCCAUCACCGUCACCACCCUGACCGAUGCCCUGGCUCUCUUCCUGGGCUACAACUCGCCCUUUGGUUCGGUCCGGUCCUUCUGCCUGUAUGCUGGGAUUUCUGUUUGCUUCUGCUAUCUGUACAGCAUCACUUUCCUGGGGGCGUGCAUGGCUUUGAACGGACAGAGGGAAGCGGAAAACAAGCACUGGUUCAGCUGUGCCAAAAUCCCAGAGGACUUACCGUCCAGUAACUCUAGAGCUUCCAGCAUCUGCUGCGUUGGAGGGAGUUACGAUCGAAUGACUGAAAAGGAGGAAACUGAGCCCAUGAGUCAUAUUUUUGAGCGGUUCUACGGGCCAUUUCUGACCCACAAAUUGGUAAAAGCAUGUGUGUUUGUCAUUUAUGCAUGCUAUCUGGCUGUUAGCGUCUACGGCUGCUUUACCUUAAAAGAAGGACUUGAUAUCAAGAACCUGGCUUUGGAUGACUCCUACAUCAUCAGUUACUACAACGAUCAGAGACAGCACUUCUCCCAAUACAGCUGUAACGUGAUGGUUGCGGUGAAGCAGCCCUUGCUCUACUGGGAUGAGGUUGAACGGAGGCGUCUGCAUUCAUGCAUUUCAAAGUUUGAGAGUUUGAGCUUUGUCAGCAGCACCUCUGCUUGGUUUCUUUCCUUUCAGCGGUACGCAAACGCGACCAAUCUCAACGUAAGUUCUCGGGAGGCUUUCCAAACGCACCUGCGCCCUUUCUUAGAGCUCCACCCCAUGUUCAAACAAGACAUAAACACGACCACAGACAAUGAGAUUCAAGCCUCUCGCUUUUUCAUUCAGACGCUCCAUAGAACCGCAGAGGAGAACAUGAUGACCGCGCUCAGGAGAACAGCGGAGGACUGUCCAGUAGUGCUCCUGGUGUUCCACCCCGCUUUCAUCUACUUCGACCAGUAUACCGCCAUCUUGGACAACACCGUUCAAACCAUCCUGGUGGCUGUGGCUGUGAUGUUGGUCGUCUCACUCGUCCUGAUACCCAGUCCUCUCUGUUCUCUGUGGGUGGCUUUUGCAAUUUGCUCAGUCAUUGUUGGUGUGGCGGGCUUCAUGGCGCUGUGGGGUGUAAACCUGGACUCCAUCUCCAUGAUCAACCUGGUCAUGUGCAUCGGGUUUUCGGUCGACUUCUCUGCUCACAUUUCUUACUCUUUUGUCUCCAGCCCCAAGAGUGACGUCAACGAGAAGGCCACGGACGCCUUGGCCCAUUUGGGCUACCCGAUUCUGCAAGGAGCACUGUCCACCAUUUUAGGAGUGAUGGUGCUGUCCACCUCUGGGAGUUACAUCUUCAGGACGUUCUUUAAGAUUGUGUUUCUUGUGAUCAUCUUUGGGCUGCUCCAUGGUUUACUGUUUAUUCCAGUGUUUCUGACGCUGUUUGGGGCCUGUGGGAAGUGGUGUAAAGGACCACAUUAGGGACUUAAAAUGGCAUUUUAAUUCCUCACUCAUUUUAUGCACAGAAACGUAAGCUGUUGUGCAUAAUUAACAAUUUUCAGAUGUUUUUGGAUACAUUUGUGGACCCUAAUCCUAACACUCACCAACCCUAACCUUAAGUCUAGCCUCGCCUCCAUUGUGGUGUUGUGUUGAAGUGUGUUUUCCGCAUCAAUAUGUGUUUUCCCCUUAACUUCUCUGAACCUCACUUUGAGCCCCCAAAACUCAACAGCAGAGAGCGGCACCAAAGGAAGAAACACUUCAACGGGAACAAACUUCCGAACUAAGAGGGGCCUUUCCCACGGCAGCUGUUGACUGACAUUUAAGGAUUGGUGUCACCAGGACAUGUGCUGUGAAAUCCUGCUUGGCUGGAGCAGAUCAUAGCCUUGUAUAGCCUGUGAAUGUUAAUACGUUUUUUUUUUUUCCUCUAUUUUACAAGCCCUGCUUAUGGAAGUCAAGUAUGGUAGCCAAAAACCUAUAAAAGUUCUGCAAUUAUCUUUUAAAUGCCUUUACAUCGAGAUCACCAAAACUAAGUUGUAUUGUGUGUGCCCACAUAGUGUAAAAGUAAAUAAAACUUACAUUUCUCCAUUUUGAUCAUUACAAAUUUGAGUAGCCGAGUCAAAACACACAUCGAGGACAUAUACCGUCUAUCAAAUUGUUUAUUUCCUUUUUGACCUCAAUUCUUAUUUUUACAUUUCUUGUAUACUACUUCUGUGUCGUAAUAAGGAACAGAGUGACUGAUUCUAAACCUGUUCUAUUUUAAUGCAUCAGAUCUGUAAACCUUGUGCAUGUUGUUACAUUUGUAUCAAUGUGCAGUGAUGUAUUGUUUUGUAAAAAAAAAAUUAGAAAAGAGAAAAAUAAAUCUUCAGUAGACUCUCACCCAGUGACCCCCCCCCACAACCAAGAAAUCAGCUGUUGUUUUUUUUUUUAUGUGGGCUUUUUAUUUAUUUCAGCUGCACAAACAUUCAUCAACUACUGCCUUCACAUUGUCGAGAGAUUUCAUCAAUCAACAGCAGAGAGCCAUUCUAUGUGCUUAGAGCAUAAAAGCAUUCCUAUACAUCUAUGUACAAUGUUCCCACUCCCAAUCAUAUAUACAGCUAAGCAAAGAUAAAAGCCUAAUAAACAGAAGAAAUAGUGUUGAAUUGACACAACAACAAAAAAGCAGGUGAAGUUCACACUAUGAAGUAGAAGGUAUGCUGGUAGACAUCUUGAAAGAGCUACACCUUCAAUCAAACCAAUGUUCCAAAAUGCUAAAAUAUGGAUUACAUACAUGGUUGCUGCUGCACUGGAAAACAGAGACAUUCAAUAUUACAAACAGAGGCGCAACUGCAAGUCUACCCACAAUCUGUGUUGAACAGCUGUCUUAUUCAGAAUCAAGGAUGUUGCAAUUAGACUUGCUACAGUUUAACAUCCUUGUACACAGAGCAGCAGCCUGUGAGCACCGAACACCGACAUCUUUCUUCCUCUGCACUGUGCUAAAUGUGUUGAGACAGAAAGGUAAAUAGCACUACAUGUGAGAAAUCCCUCUGCCUUAAAGCAUGAGGGAGACAGCAAUAGACAAUACCUCACAGACACAGCCUUGUUGUUUGAAUAAUCUGAAGAUAAAGAGUCUUUAAUCCACUCAUUCGCAA